AUGGCGACCAAAUCACUUUACCUCGUCGCGCUCGCAGUGAUAGGGCCUUAUCUCUACGACCGCGGUGUCACCUUCUCGGGCAUGUUCGCCAACCGACCGGGGAAAUUCGAGAACCUUAAUCUGUUCAAAGAGCACCAAGUAAAGUUUGCCCAGCGGAUGCGAAAUUGCGAAGAUGUCUUGAUUGAGGAGGGUAUGGGUGUUGCUUUCGUGAGUUGCAACCCAGGAAGGGACCAAUGGAAUACCGUCAUGGGCACAUUUGCGCCGCCUCGCACAAAGAGCAGCGACCAAGACGACGCACACAUCUGGCUCUACGACUACUCCACGCCCAACCUUCCCGAUUCCGCAGCUCUCAAACCCCUCACCCUCGUCUCCUACCCCUACCCCUCAGACUUCCACCCCUUAGGCAUCGAAUUCGACGCCCAAACCUCCACCCUCUACGUAAUCAACCACUCCCGGCACUCAGGCAACACCCUCGACCUCUUCCAAAUCUCCCCGAAAAAUGCCUCUGCAACGUACAUCAAGACGCUCACGCACCCCCUGCUCCACACCCCAAACUCGAUCCACAGCCUCGGAGACGGCAAGCUGCUCAUGACAAACGACCACUACAUCGGCGCACUAACAUCCCCCCUCCUCUCCAAAAUCGAGACUUUUUCUGCCGCUCCCGGCGGCAGUAUCGUCUACGUUGAUACCCACGACCCCCCGCAAAGCAAAAAGCUAGCGCACGUAGCAUUUGCAAAUGGUAUUACUAUGCUCAACUCAACCACCGUGGCGGUGGCGUCGACUUCCAAACCUGCAAUCUACCUCUACACAUUCGAUGAAGAAAACGUAGAGUUGAAGCUGCUAAAGCAGAUCCGGCUCCCCUUCAUGGUCGACAACAUUGCUGUCGAUUCUGCAGGCAAGUUGCUGAUGGCGGGGCACCCGUUUGCGCUAGGCCUCAUGGUUGUGAGUAAGGCGAGGGCCAAGUGCGAUGAGCAGGGUGCAGAGGAGCAGAGGAAGGCGUGUGAGUGUACGACGUCGAGUUGGGCGGCCGAGUGGAGUGAGGAGGAGGGUGUCAAGACGUUGUAUAAGAAUGAUGGAGGGGAGUUUUGUAGUAGUUCGACUUUUGCGAGGGAUGCGAGGAGGAAUGUUAGUAUUGUCACCGGGUUGUAUGAGAGGGGCUUGUUGGUGGCAAGGGGCUGA